AUGGUCACUGAUGUACUAGCACAACUAUCCACUACUUUUAAAAUUCGUGACUUGGGCAGGCCGCGUUUUUUCUUAGGGAUUGAAGCUGUUUAUGAUGGCGACUGGGUAGUUCUGUCUCAACAGCGCUACAUGAUAGAACUCCUUCGCAAAGCAGGGAUGGAAUCUUGCAAACCAUUGGCCACCCCGAUGUCCCUAACUACGUCAAGCGACACUACUGCUGCAGUCACACUAGACGACUUGACGCUAUUCCGCCAAAUUAUCGGCUCUCUAAUGUACUUUAUGAUUACUUGUCCCGAUCUUUCAUUUGCAGUCAACAAUUUUUGCCAGUUCAUGCACAGUCCCACGCAGGACCAUUGGGCCGCUCUCAAACGAGUGUUGCGGUACGUGAAAGGAAGUCCACGACUGGGUAUGCAGUUUUUCUCGGACCCAAUCUCAUAUCUUGGGUCUCCUUUAAGCAACGAACUGUUGCUCGAUCUUCCACAGAGGCCGAAUACAAAGUACUUGCUGAAGUUGCUACUGAAGUCACUUGGGCGCAGUCUCUUCUUCGAGAACUCGGAUUACACCCUCCAACAAUCCCAGUUCUUUGGUGUGACAAUCUUGGAGCAACCUACUUGUGCUACAAUCCGGCCUUCCAUGCAUGAACCAAGCAUGUUGAAGUGGACUACCAUUUCGUGCUUGAAAAGUUAUAAUGAUGAGAUAACAGUUUCUGAUUAA